ACACAUUGCCGCUCUUUACGAUUUCAGUAUCAUGCUCCAAACCCGUUGCCCCAAGCCAUGCUCAUCCACACUUGGACUAACACGUAUUCCUUAGUGUGAUGGCCAGAUGCCAUGCCGCAGGUGUAGGUCUCGUGGAGAAGAAUGCGCAUACGAGGACAAGAAAUGGCGUACCAAGGACCAUCUCAGGUCCGAGAUCGAAAGACUUCGAAACGAGCAACGACAGGGACAUGCGGUGAUUCGAGCUCUCAUCAACGACGAGCAGGACUGGGAGUCGUUCUUAUCACGGAUCCGGAGCGACGAAUCGCCCGAGGCCAUUGCCGACUGGAUACGCUCGAUGAGAAACCUUUCGCUCCAGGCGGCGUCAUCACAGAGCGUAGGAAGCUUUGGUCGUCUGGACGGUGCUCCUCCAAAAUUGCUGUCACCGUCUCAACCCACCGCCUCAUCGCUAGGCUCGGAGUCAUCACAACUGCACAGAGCCGCUAGCUUUGGUGGAAUUGGCAGCUACACUUUUGCCCAGGCCUGGGUUCCAUUUGACCAGGCCACUCCUCGGAGAAGCUUCUCCUCGGACCUCUCCCCUACCACCCAGUUCUCGUUCAGGGACCAAGCAGCUUUCCUUCACGCCCCUCAGCCCUUGUAUCCGUUCUCUAGAAGGUUUUCUAGCCCAGCGCUUCCAUCCCCAUCUCUGCGACGUUCUUCGCAACCUCUUGUCCCUGGUAUCUCUAACGAGCCCCUGCCUAAAACUUGGACCAGUAUAACAUCAGACGCCCAGCUCGUCCAGAGACUUCUAUCCAAGUUCUUCUCAGCUCCGUGCUCUUUACUAUGCUUCAUCCCGCAAUCUUCUUUCAUGAAGGCGUUUCGUGAGGGCGAUCCCCGCUACUGUUCCGAGGCCCUGGUGAACGCCAUUUUGGGAAAAGCUUGCAAAUCUUACGGUACGACCUCAAAUAUCGUGUCCAGAAUAACGUUUGGAGAUGCCUUCCUAGGAGAAGCAAAGAGGCUGUUAGCAACCGAACCGAACCACGUGAACCUCCCAAGCAUCCAGGCUUUGGCUGUUCUUGCCCUUGCUGAGAUCUCUCAAGGUAACGACGAUGAGGCCUGGGACUUGGCUUGGGCAUCCGUGAGGGCAGCGAUAACUCGUGAACAGAGCUUCCACGUGGAUCAAGAACUAGCAACAGCCAGGGCAGUGUCUUAUUGCGGUGGUUUCUCGUUGAUUCACAAGUUCCUGACACUGGUUGUCAACAGCAUGCUACGCCUCCUUACCGGUCGUCUUGACCUGAAUACCGGUCCCUUUUUCAUGAGGCUUUAUCAAGAUUCUGGAGAGACAGCUGAAGAUGAGCCACAAAAUCGCAUCAAACGAGGAUUCGCGCUGCAUAUGCAGUUCCUCGCUGAACUAGAACACUGCCCGCCACUUCCUCGGUUCGUGUUUAAGGUCACGGCAGCCGUGCACACUUUCUCGUCAUACAAUUUUUCCAAUGCCGCAACUGCGGAGGAGCUUGAAGACGCUUAUGGAAAGUGUCUAGAUGCCUACAAGCAUUUUAAAGAUGCAUUUGGCCUUGAUAUGGAUACCACGCCGGACUUGUUGUUUGCACAGACCUGGUAUCACUAUUGCCUGCUCGCUCUUCUACGCCCCUUGGUAAAGAGCACCGCAAGCUUGAGAGACAGUGGAACGACAACACCCAAAUUACGAGAUGAUGCCAAGCCUUCCGAUAUUUGCCAACAAUCCUCUGAGGCCAUCAUCUUUCUCACGAGUACUUACCAAACUCGCUUCUCGUUGGGCAACCCGCCUGAGCUGCUCCCUCAUAUGCUCUUUGCCGCUGUUCUCUAUCAGUUGACGCUCACGCCCGACCCAGAGCACUUAAGCUCAAUUGCAAACGACGGCAAAUCGGAGCCUACCGAAUCCCCGGUGCUGAUGUCGUCUCAGGCUUCCUUCGUGGCCCAUACGAACUCCAAUUUGGUUCCGCCGCCGCCCAUCCCGUUCACCAGCCAUGCUCCUUCUUUCCCGCAACCUCUUUCUCCCGUGGUGAAGUUGGAAGUCAGACAGGCAGCACAUCGUCGCGCGUCCAGCAUCUCGUUAUCAUCCACCUUUGACAGUUGUGGCAAUCGCCGAUCAAGCGCCAGUCUCCCAUCCAGCACACUGACCUCUCAUGAUCCUUCGGAGAGAGAGUCUUCCGCGUCAGACACUCAGUCCGAUUUGCUCCCGCUCUUCACCUCGGAGCCUGCUGACCUUGUCACCAUCGGCUCACUGCAACUAGCAUCCAUGCAACAUCUCGGUGCCGUUGAGGCGACUCGUUUAUUGCGUAGUUUGGGAACCGUAAAGGAUCUAACGGGAUCAAAUCUCGACUUGGCAACUUUGACCGAGGCAUUACCCUUUCCCAUGGGCGAUUUCAACACCUCCACACUCUAUACGGGUCUGGGUCUGCAGAGGUCGCCUGUUGAGUUGCAGGUCACUGGGCCGUAAGGGGUCCUAGGCAACCAGUGUAUGUCACGGUACUUAGGGUAACAAUGGAAAAAUCUAAACCUUCCUUUAGCUUUUUUUUUGUUCAUUUAUGGAAUUUGAAUGGGAGUGUGUUAAUCUACUGUAUCUUUGUUGCUUCAUGGGCCCGAUGC